UAGUUCCGCUUUGGUAGGGACAGCACUCUUCAGUGGCUGAGGGUGUUUGUUUGUUAUAUUGUCGAGUUUGAUGUUGUUACAUUGAUGAAAACACUUGUGACUUGGCCAGUAUGAUGGGCUGGUGUGAAGUUCUACUUCUAGGUAUAAUAGUUUGUCUUUGUCUGUCAGCCAACGCUGGAGCUCCGUCUUCACUGAAACUUGUCAACCUGGUGUAUCGCCAUGGUGACCGAAGCCCGACAUUGACCUAUCCAAAGAACCCCAACCUUGUCAACGAGACAUGGCCUCAAGGACUGGGCUGGCUGUCUACUUUUGGGAUGCAGGAACAGUACUCACUGGGCCGCUUCCUCCGACGCCGUUAUAAUGGAUUCCUUAGUGACAAGUACAUCCACACUGAGAUCCAGGUGCAGAGUUCAAAUGUGGACAGGUGUCUGAUGUCUGCCUACUCCAACCUGGCCGGUCUGUACCCUCCAAGUGGGGAUCAAGUGUGGAACAGCAACAUCCCCUGGCAGCCAAUCCCCGUCCACACCAGACCAGAAGAGGAGGACAAUGAGCUGAACAUGGGCGAGGACUGUCCAUGGUAUGACCAGCUGUAUAAUGCCAGCCUCAAGUCAGAUCGUGUGAAGGAGGAGGAGUCCCAGAACAAGGCUUUCUAUGAGUUCAUCACAAGAGUGACAGGUGUAUCCCAUGAGUCUAUUGCUGACAUCUGGCAGAUCGCUGGCUUUCUGACACACUCUUCUGUGAGAAGCAGCACAACGUCUCGUGGCCAUCCUGGGUCAACUCAACAGUACAAAAAGUUACGCGACCUUGAGUCCUGGGGCUUCGAUCUCAUGUUCCGUGGGCAGGAAGAGAGUCGUCUGAAGGGAGGCCCGCUGCUUAGUCACUGGAUUAACCUGACCCGGGAGAAGAUCAAGAACCAGACCACCGACAUUGUCAAGAUGAACAUGUUCUCUGCUCACGACACAACUGUGGCAGCUAUUCUGAGUGCUCUUCGUGUGUACAACAAACUGAGUCCACCGUACACAUCCACAGUGUUCAUGGAGCUACAUCAAAACACCUCGGGGGACUUUUACAUCGAGCUGUAUUUCAGGAAUACUACAUCCCGGGAUCCCAAUGAUGACACAGCACCUCACAAUCUCACAAUACCAGGUUGUGACUUCAAGUGCCCAUUCACCCAGUUUGUGUCCCUGACCAGAGACAUGGUUCCUACUGACUGGAAGAAAGAAUGUGACAUUGGAGGAUCGGCUGAACUCAAGUUUAACCUUGCCACCAUCAUCGCCGUCUCCGUGGCUUCCUGCGUGGUCCUCAUCCUCAUCCUGGUUAUCCUCGUCAUGUGUUGCAAGCGGCAGAGGAGCUCGGGGGGCUUCGGCUACAAGAUGACGAUAUAGGCUGUCAGACCAGACUCCACCUCCUGGCUUGUGACGUCUACACUAUCGCGUGUUGUACUGUUGGAGAGAAUAGAGACAUUUAUGUAUUUUCCAUGUUAAAGCAUACAUAGUUGUUGAUACAUAAAAUCUUCAUUGUACCACA